CACGAGAGGAGAACGUGGCCACUUUCAGAGGCUCCGAAUAUCUGUGCUACGACCUGUCUCAGAACCCCAUCCAGAGCAGCAGUGACGAGAUCACGCUCUCCUUCAAGACCUGGCAGCGCAACGGGCUCAUCCUGCACACGGGCAAGUCUGCCGACUACGUCAACCUGGCCCUGAAGGACGGCGCCGUCUCCUUGGUCAUCAACCUGGGCUCUGGGGCCUUCGAGGCCAUCGUGGAGCCGGUGAACGGGAAGUUCAAUGACAACGCCUGGCACGACGUCAAAGUGACGCGUAACCUCCGCCAGGUGACAAUCUCUGUGGAUGGCAUCCUCACAACAACGGGCUACACUCAGGAGGACUACACCAUGCUGGGCUCCGAUGACUUCUUCUACGUGGGAGGAAGCCCCAGUACCGCUGACUUACCUGGCUCACCUGUCAGUAACAACUUCAUGGGCUGCCUGAAAGAG